AUGCUCACAAACUUGCCCCUCCGCGCAACCCUCCUCCUCGCCCUCCCACUCCGAGCCUUCGGCCAAGAUACGGUAACAGUGAUUCGCACGACAGUAACACAGACAUUCACAGCCGCAGCUUCUACGACCCCUACCUCCCCACAAUACAUCAACUCGCUCACCUUCCGCGAGUCGAUCCUCAACUCCACCAACACCUACCGCUACCAGCACUCGGCGAGCUACGUAUACUGGAACGAGACCCUCGCGAGAUACGCGCAGUCAUACUCAGAGAACUGUCAGUGGCAGCAUUCGCACGGUCCGUAUGGAGAAAACCUGGCCCGCGGAUACCCUGACGUGACCUCCGCGGUGGACGCAUGGGGCGACGAGCGCGCUCUGUACGAAUUUUCAACCACCGAUCCUACGGGCUUCACCGAGGCGACCGGGCAUUUCACACAGCUAGUAUGGCAGGGCACACAGGCCACAGGGUGCGGCUGGACAGAUUGUGAUGGGCGGAACGGCCUGGACGGCAUCUACCUGGUCUGUGAGUACUGGCCUGUCGGCAACAUCGUGGGCGAGGAUAACAUGUUCUUCGUUGAGAAUGUCCUUCCUGAGAGGAGCGGCGGAAGCAGUGGGUUCAAUGAGUUGGAAGCCACCAGGGGUGCUACGGGCGGGACGCCGACCAGCACGAGUUCUCCGUCCAAGUCUGGCGCGAAUACGCCCUCAGCGACGAGCAGUGGGGAAUCGAUCGGUGCGCCCAUGGCUGAGGUCGACAGGAAGGGCUUGCUGGUUACGGUGUGCGUUACGUUGGCAGCGCUACUCUUCGGCCUGGGCAUGUCAUGA